AGAAGUCAAAACGCGAGAAAGAAGUCAACAUGGCGUACGUUUGAGUUUCGAUUCGCUCUUCUCUGUUUUUGUGCGUGAAAAAAUCCUCAGAAAAUAAAAUAUAGAAGAAAAGUUCCACCCCGAUUUCCUCUAUCUUCAUUUCUCGUCAAAAUUAAUUCAAAUAAAGUGUUUUAAAUUGCUCAGUUCUCAAUUAAAUCGGUGCUUGAAAGUGCUUUAUAAGAAAAAAGUGUAAAACAAAAGCUAGAAAAAAAUAAAAUAAAGAAAUGGGCACAAAAGAGCCACCGAACGAUUUGGCCAACAACAGCCGCGCAAUGCCCACCAAAGUCACAUCCAUCACGACCAAAACCAGUACUACCACCGCUUCCACAACCACAUCCAAUUCCAAUUCCAGUUCCAAUCCAUCCGCCGCAACCAUUACCAUUCCCAAGACCGAUACCGAUACCGAUUCUGAUACCGACAAUUCAGCCGGCGGCGGUAGUAAAUUGUGUAGUAAAUCUGAAAAUCGUAAAAUCAAUGCCGUCAUUGCCGCCGCGGACGACAGCAGCGUUGCAAUUGAAAACGUCGCUGAAAAUAAUAUUCCAAAUCCGAGAGCGGAACUGAUGCCGAUAACCAGUCCAAAAAAAGAUACAACAGAAGCAGAAGUGUGCCAAAUAAACCACCAUCGUAAUCAGUCAUCUUCUUCAUUGUUAGCUUUAGCUUCUCCAUCCCAAUCGAAAUCCCAAUCCCAACCCCAACCCCAUUCUCAGUGUGAGACUCCUUCGCAGUCGCAACCGCAAUUACAACCACAACAACAACAGAAUAAUAUAAAACAAUCGCUGAGUCUAACGACUGCUGCGGGUAAAAAGAUUCGUCGUGCAUUUUCAAUGCCUCGUAAUCCGUUUCGAUGGUCGCGAAAAUUCAAGACCAAUAACAACAACAACACAUCAACGUCGUCGUCGUCGGGAACGAAUGGUGCCGCGGGUAGCGGCCGGAAUAGUGUUGGUUCUAGUAGUGGCGUCGUCGUCGCCAUUGACGGCAUCGACCGAAAGCGAGCAGGAGCUCGUUUAGGACGUGAUUCCGACGAAACCAGAAACAAAAGUAAGACGUUAGAUAGCAGAACCACAGCUGGACGAGGUGGCGGUGGCGAUGGCGGUAAUGGAAUUGGACUUGGAGGAGAAGCACCUUUGCCAACGGCAGCAGGAGAACCAAAUCAAAACAAAAGUGGCAACAAUUCGCAACGAGUUUUCAGGCGAUCGUCAUUUCGAAAGUUUCUCAAUCGCAUUGCCCAGCAUGUGUCCUCGGUGGGCACCAUUGGGCAAUUUGAAAACAAAAAGCCUUUUGGUGUUAUGCCCAUGUACACUGGAUGUUGGAAAAGAAACGAGGCAAACAAACAUCCGUCAUCGUCUGGCUCAGUGGCAGAUCGUGUUCCACCAAUUGGGGGCUAUCAAUGGCCAGCGGAUCAAACGCCCGGUGUGACGGGGCUCAAAAAUCACGGAAACACUUGCUUUAUGAACGCUGUACUGCAGUGCCUAAGUCAUACGGACAUCUUAGCGGAGUACUUUGUUCUGGACCAGUAUAAGGUGGAUUUGAAAAAACGAAAUAAAAUUAAUUCACGAAAAUUCGGAACAAAAGGCGAAUUAACCGAACAACUAGCGAAUGUUUUGAAAGCUUUGUGGACGUGUAAAAAUGAAAGUGAUCAUAGUACAAGUUUUAAAGCUGUUGUAGAUCGUUAUGGAUCGCAGUUUCGCAGUUCAACGCAACAUGAUGCUCAAGAAUUUCUAUUUUGGCUUUUGGAUAAAGUGCACGAAGAUUUAAAUACGGCAACUAAGAGAAGAUACAAAAGCGUUAAGAACAACUAUGGUCGACCAGACGAAGUAAUUGCAGCUGAAACUUUGGCGAAUCAUAUCCGCUGCAAUAACUCCUUCGUUCAAGCUGUCUUUCAAGCACAAUUUCGGUCAUCUCUGACAUGUCCGCGAUGCAAAAAACAAAGCAAUACCUUCGAUCCGUUUCAUUGCAUUUCAGUUCAGCUGCCGCAAUUGACACAACAAGCUGUAUUUGUCACUGUUUCGUAUGUGAAGCAGCAUCCGCGACAGGUUAAGUUGGGCCUCACAGUGCCAGCUGGUUCGUCGAUAGUUGCUCUUCGUGAACAACUUCAGAAAGACACUGGUAUUCCGAGUAGUCGAAUGGUGUUGGCCGACAUCAGCAAUCAGGGCUUCUCGCGGGUAUUUUUCGACACUCAGCCAGUGUCGACACUUGAUGGCUUGGAUUCAGUGUUUUGUAUAGAGGUUCCUGAGCAGGCUGAUGAGUCUUCGCAGGACUUGAUGCUGCUUGUUGCAAAUGUGCGGAAACUAAAAGAUGGGAGUGUUGAGAGAUUUGGUGUUCCAUUUUGUGUGCAGGCACCGCGUGAUUGCUCCUACGUGGAGCUGCAGAAGAAACUAAUGAAAGAAAUGUCGUCAAUUCUGAAGCCUGAAGUGUUUGCUUAUAGCACAGCGCUGAGUAAUAUGUUCCAAAUACGAUUGCAGGAUCCCUCAGCGGACCCUGACACUUACCUCGAGCAAGUGGAACAUCCACUAUUUACCGAAAUGAUCGAUAUGGCCUUAUCUGUGCUAUCCAGUGAUGCUGGCCCAGCGCAUAUAAAACUUUUGCUCGAAUGGACCGAUCCGGAAGAGUUCUUUGCCGAUUUAACAGAUCCCGUGGUGGAACAUGAAAGUGUGUCACGUUUGAAAAACAACAAGGCCACUGAUACUGCUUUGUCUUUGGAACAAUGUCUGGAACAUUACACCAAAGCAGAAACGCUUAGUGCCGAGGAUGCAUGGCGUUGUCCACAUUGUCAGCAAUAUCUUCCGGUGGUGAAAACUCUUGGGUUGUGGUCGUUGCCAGAUAUUUUAGUGGUGCAUUUCAAACGAUUCCGACAACAUCACGAUAAAGGUGCUGAUGCUGCCAAGCUCACGACAAUGGUUAAAUUUCCCUUGAAUUCCUUUGAUAUGGCUCCUCAUUUGGCCCGUGGCAUGGAGUCCAGCUCGGUGGAUUCGCUCAGUAGUGAAACUACUCACAAUUCAUCGUUGCGCAGUCCUUGGAAGAAGACUCGUGAACAACGCAAUCGAAUCGAAAAGGAUAACCGGGAGACGCGAUAUGACUUGUAUGCCGUUUGUUAUCACCAGGGAGACACUUUGGAGACGGGGCACUAUACAGCGGCGUGCAAGAAUCCCUACGACCAUCAAUGGUAUAAAUUUGAUGAUCAACGAGUAUCUCGAGUGCCUUCCGACUCGAUUCAGGAGGAAAUUAUAAAUAACGAAGCUUACAUGUUGUUCUAUCAGCGUCGAUCGAGUGAUAACGUUGAGUGCUCUGGCUCCAGUUCGAACUCAGGGGAUCAUUGGGUAUCGAAAAUUGCUAUUCCUACCCCUACUGCAGCUGCAGUCACACCGAAGAUUGAGGAAAAAUCCGAAGAAGCUACAUCACCGGAAAAGAAUAAAUCCGAGGAAAAUCAACAAGAAGGUGCAAAACUCAAAGAAGUUCCGAUUCCAGAGGUGCCUCCUGCGGUAACAACGAACACUGUAGUAAUUGAGAAAACUGAUGAAAGCGAAGUUGUGGAUAUUGAAAGCAUCGAUCACAAUGCAGAAAAAGUUGUACUCGAAGAGUUAAAAAUCAUCAAAACACCAGAAGAAGAAUACAAAAGUAUGAAUGGCCAUGCAGAGGCAAAAGAACUUGAAGAAACAUCUGUUCCUUCGCUGACUUCUGAUCCUCCAAAACCAAUUGCUUCCACAUCUGCAAGUGUUUUGCAAAAAUCUCCAAUAACAACCAAACCAACGACUCCACCACCAACAACUCCAAAGAAUCGAAAACCAACAGCUUCCCAACCCAUAGAUGUCAAAAGAAGUCCAAAAGCUCCACAAGCUUCUGCUUCGUCACCUGCAUCAGCAUCAUCGUCUGUGUCUUCGACACAGUCACACAAAUUCAACGGUAUCAGUAACAGCAAUUUUAAAGAGGCUCUCUCGAGCAGCUUGAAGAGCAAUAGUAGCAGUAUAAUGAUGUCAUUGGGACAUGAGUUUAAUCGUGGCAUCAAUGGCAGCGGCAGUAGUAUAUGUCUGAAUGGAGGAAGUAACCAUUGUGGAAAUUUGAGACACUCGUACUCGAAUAGUUCGAAUUAUAAGCUUAAAGAAUGCAACGCAGAUACACUAUCGUCAAUGUUGCGCAACUCGACGAACACAUGCAGCAAGGACACGCUGAUAUUUAUCGAUCAACAGAGCCAUAGUUUGAUUGAAGAUGAUGAUUCGUUCUUAAGCAGUCCUUCAUUGUGGAUAUCGCCAGUGACGCCUCAUAAAUUGAUCACAGUUUCACCAAAAAAUUAAAUUUCAAUACUUUUUCCUUUUUCUUAUACAAUUAAAAAUUAAACCUAGGUUAAGCAAAAAGUAAUCAAACCGAUUUUUAUGCAACAGAAAUGCAUAUUAAAGGUAGAAUGUAGACAUAACGUAAAUUUAUACGACAAAUUAUUUUACAGUAGAUCAUAUAUAUAUAUAAACAAAUACAUAUACAAAAAUAUAUGUAAAUGUAUACAAAUUUGCUAAAUUAUUUUUUAAAACCAUAAAAUGUAAAUAAAUCGAAGUACCGAAAGUUGAUUCAAAUAGUUUGUAAAAAAAUCUAAUUAAAUUAAAUACGAAAUAGAGACAUUAACAAACAAAAAGAGAAUAAAAACAAAAAUAAGAUUUUAAACAAUAAAUCAAUUUUUAUUAAAUUAUUAACAGAGAAUUAAGAGACAAAAAAUAUAUAAUAUAUUACAAAACAAUAUGAUGUUUAAGCAUAAAAUAUAAAUAUAUAUAAAUAGUUUAGAAUCCCAUUCAAAAUCCAAAAAAGAGUCCAUAUUAGAAAAACAAAAAAAUAAUAGAUUGUUAGUUUCCAACGGCGGAGUAUCAAUUAAAUAACAAAA